AUGCAGUAUCAGGCGCCAUCGUCAGCCAGAACAACCACCGGCUCCAGCGUCAGACGACGAUCCAGUGGGGCUCAGCCUUACAGCAGCGAUCGUUCUAGCUCAGUCACAGACGGCAGUGGCUGUGACGACUCGUAUCCCAACCCGCAACUCCAACUAAUUGCCCCGCCGCCUCCCCCAACCCGGCGUUUCUCUCGCUCGCAACCCCUUCCUCCCGCUUUGAGCGAACGCACUGGUGAGGUUGUUGAGUAUUCGAGAAGGUCAGAGGACUCGGCCAGCUAUCAUGUCUAUUCAAGUGUUUCUGGUUUUGGUGAGAGCGACGACGAUGAAGACAGAGAUGAAGACGACCAAACUCCUCGCUUCCCCGAAGUCCAUUCACCAGACAUAACUCCUGGGCACACCGAGAGCCUCCUCGCAUCCCCUCGAAUGGGACCAUCCUCAGACAAGAUCUUCUUCGCAAACCGAACCAUCCACACCAUCGACUCGGGUGAUCUCGGUUGCAAAUCUCCUGGAGUGACGAGUACGACGAUGUCAGUCGACUCCAGCCACGACGCCUCUGUUGCUUCUUUCACGACGAGCUGCCGGUUCACUCAGAAAUGGCCGGUCCCGGUAUCCCUCAAGUACUUCGAUGCGCAGCCCGGGUAUAAGGUUGUGUAUGGGGAGAACGACCAAGCUGUUCCGAGUCUUGAAGAAGGUCAAGGGAUGAACGGCAGCCACCUCGCCAAGUGGACGCCUUUCAAGUUUUUCCUGUUCAUCUCAGCCAUGACCGUAUUUUCGUAUGGUUGUUGCAUUCUAAUACUGGCGGUUUCGACAUGGCUGAACACAUGGGACGGGGCGGACGUCGUGGUCGUUGCGGAUUACGACAUCCUCAUUGUUAUCACCUUGUCAGCAUCCAUCCUCCUCGUGACGGCGCUCAUCGGUAUCACGGGCAUACUCCUGAACUCUCGUCCCCUUCUCGCGGUAUAUACCUUUCUCCUUUGGCCCGCUAUGGCUUCGAUCGUCACCGUGGGCUACAUGAGCUACAAGCGGGCAACCUUCUCCCUGGACCGCAAAUUAAAUCUGUCGUGGAGCAGAUUCUACACGAAUGCAGGGAAGCAAAUCAUCCAGGACUCUCUUCAUUGCUGCGGCUUCUACAGUUCUAUGCACGAAGCCGCCCCGACCAAGCGAUGCUAUCUGCGUACGCCUCUACCUGGCUGCAAGGCUGGCCUAUUCAAUUUUCAGCACGAAAGUCUGCAGAGGGUUUGGAAAACCGCAUUUUCAUUAGCGGGUCUUCACCUAGUCAACAUGGUCGUCGCUUUGCUUUGCGCCAAUCACGUCACUACCUCGUUCGGAAAGGGACUUACCCCAAGGCAGUACCGUCUCAGCCCUGAAGAUGUCAAAGCUGAUGCGGAGAAGAUUAUCAAUGGGGUAAACAUGCAAUACAACUUUCCUACCCUGAAAGGACAAACCGGACAGUGCGCUCAUUAA